UGUCAUUGAUGAUGAUUAUCGAUCACUCACAAUGAUUCACGAUGAUUAACACUGCUUCAUGAUGAUCAAUGCUGGUUCACAAUCAUUUGCAUUCAUUCACAAUGGUUCAUGAUUAUGCAGAGAUAUCGCAAACUUGAAGAGCGCGAAUGUGAAGAAUCUAGUUCGGAUGUUCCGAUUGACCUCGUGUCAUAUGCGUCCAGGAGAUAUUUGACUGCAUCAAUGAAUCACGGGUCGCCUAAGGUCAGGGAACGCUCUUCUAAAAAUAUGACAUCUAGCAAAACAUGGUACCUCUACGGAUUCUUCAAGGAGAUUGUUUCAGCGGUAUCGAAGAGCUUUGUUUUUUGAAUUUUAUAGAAUAGAAAACCUUAAUUUCCACAAUAGGCAUUUCUUACAUUGUACGGGUGCACAAUUGCUGGAUGGUGUGCUGCAGCUUCCUUUGAAACUGUGCCAACUUCUCUUUUGGCAAGGCCAAAAUAAAAAUUUGCAAAAGGUAUUUUUAAAACAGUUCGCUUCAAUUUAUAAAAAGCCCUUUAGGUCUGAAAAAACAAGCACUGAGGCUGGGGAGGCUGUGAUAGAUUCAUGAACGAAACUCGUGAUUGGCUGGUGGACACAAUGUGUGUUGUGUUUAAUUAUACUCAUUUCUAUCCACUCAAAACCACUUGCCAAAUUCAAAAAUGGCGGGUGACAUGUGCACGGAGCUGCGGGUACUUCAUGCUUUUAUGCUUCAUGCUUGAUUCUGGCUCAGUAGCGCAUUGAAAGACAAAAUUUAUGAAAUUUUCCUAAACAUCAGCCAUUUGCUCUACAUUUCCUAUACGCUACACAGUAGAAUUGCAACAAAUAUGUGUUGAAUAAAGCUUGAUACUCUUGGCCUAGAUUUGAAAGGGGUAUACCCCUAAACAACCGGAAAUACGAAAUAAUCACAACAAUAAACAGUAAAAGUCUAAUUGAAUCAUGGACCACCUAAAUUUGACAACUGGCUUCAGGACUUGCAUUUGUCCAGUUUGUGGUAUUUCGGUACACCAGGACCAUAUCUCUCAUCAUGUGGAACAACAUUUUUCCAGCACCUCAGAACAUGGAACGCAACAAGAACUGGCGGAGCCGCCCCAAAGAACCCCAGCAGGUACUUCAACUGCUGUGCAUGCCAGUCCGUGCUGGGAUGAAGGGGAAAGCAUGAAAAUAUGCACAUAUGCCAACUGCCAAGAUCUAGUGUUUGCCUCAGAGUGGGAUGACCAUAUGUUUGCACAUAUGCUGGAAGAUCAAGAUGAUGCAGAGCUUAUGUCUCUUGCAACUGGGCAGUCCUUGUCAGUAUCAAAUGGUAUUUUAUCACAGCAGAUGCAGCAGCAGUCUUGUUUAAAUGAUAAUUUGUUGGCUCAACUUUCUCAGCAGGAGCUGGACUCAGCUUUAGAAACUGACCUACAACUGCACGAAGAUUGGUUAUCAGCACAUGACAUUGAAAAAGAACAGCAAAGACUAAGGGAGGAAGAAGAAUUCAAAAAAUUGCAAACAAUUUAUGGCAUGCUACCGAAUCAAGGUGGUUAUACGAAGCAGUAUGACCAAAAAAUGAAACAGGAUGUAGGAAAAAUGAAGAUGAGUGUAGGUGAAUAUUAUGCAAGAAAAGCUGAUAUGUACGAAACACUUAUGACUGGGCAUGAUAGCAAGGAAUCACACACCCAAGGCCUCAUAUCCUGCCUUCAAGCUAGCUAUUCAAAUGGAGUCAGUGGUAUCCGUACUGUGCAACUUUGCUUGGAGACAGAUCAUUUUGCAAGUGGUGUUGGUGAUGCUGGUUGGGGGUGUGGCUAUAGGAACACUCAGAUGAUCCUUUCUGCUCUGCUUCGCAGUAGUAUUUACAGAGAUGUGGUUUCAAAAGGGAUUGAUGGGGGUGAAAUACCCUCAAUACCAAAAAUUCAGUCAAUGAUUGAAAAUGCAUGGCAACUUGGAUUCGAUAAACAAGGCGCAGAACAGCUUGGUAACAAACUUCAUAAUACAAGCAAAUGGAUUGGUGCAACAGAAAUUGCUGCACUUCUGCGAUCAUUAAGAAUAAGGGCAAAGUUGGUUGAUUUUCAUGAAGCAACAGGAAGCGACGGAACACACCCCAGAAUGUUCACAUGGAUACAUCAAUAUUACAACAGGAUAAGCAAUUCUCACGAGCCAUCUCCACCGCUGUUUCUGCAACAUCAAGGUCACAGUCGCCUGUGCAUCGGUGUCGAGGAACAUCCAAGAGGGGAAUGUCCUGUAUAUCUUUUGCUUUUUGAUCCUUCCCACGCACCACGGCAAAUGAAAGCGCUGCUGCAGAACGUCUCGAGCAACGUGAGUGCGCAGCUACGACUGCUGCGGAGGUCCUUGAAACAAAUGAGGUCAAAACAAUAUCAGAUAUUGUAUAUCGACGGCCUUUACGAAGACGACUUGGAGAUAGAGCAAAGCAAACAACUGGAGUCUCUAAGAGUUCCUUAGCUCUUCACACCGCGACUAGUUGCUUCUUGAUCAAUGCGCUAAACGACAACAGAUGGAAAAAGAAUGUUUUGAUUGAAAACCAGAACAGCAACUGCGCCAAAAGGUGCUUUCUUGCUGUCUGCUUUAACAAUCCAAGGGCGGUUUAUGCGAUUUCUCAUACCGGAUUAAUGAUCGCUAAACAACCGUUAUUCCCAUUAAAGACAAUAUUAUAUCCAUUUUUAAUUAUCUCUUGGCAGUAUUUUAAGUGAAUUUCUGCCUACUUACAUAUAGAUAAAUUAAAUUUUUUAAGUAAGCUCGCAACUCUCCCCCUCAUACAUGCUUUCAGCGAUGUCCAGGUCAUAAACAGCGACAUCUAGAAAAGAUUCAACAACAGGCUUGCUUCCGAUGUACCAUCACAUGUUGAAGUGAAGAUAAGCUCGGUUUAAGCAUGUCGAACGUUUCUAGACCUGAGCUCCAGAUUUAACCAAUGUGUUGUAUUAGCAUAUAGCACGUUGAACAAAGUUUUGUUAACAAGUGUUUUAACUUCGAAUAUAAUAUGUAUUUAUGCAGCUUUGUCUAAAUUCCUUUUUAGUGACGGCUCCAACUGAUGAAUAUCAAUAAUAGAUGUUUACUAAUUAUUUUAGCUAAAAAAUAAUCUAUAAAAAAGUAAUACAAUACGAUAUCAAGUAAUACAAAAUCAAGUAAAGUUAACACAAAUGGCAAAAGUUUUCUGAUAUUGUUCAUAAAGAUUUGGUUAAGGUGCAGUUUGCUUCAAAAUUUAAUAUUGUCACUUUCAGAUUUUCAGAUUUUGAAUUUCAGGUUUCAGAAAAAAAUUUUCAGAACUUCCUCAACCAGUGGUGGCGCCAGGGGAGGGCUAGUAGGUUACAGCCCCUCCAUCGGAAGCAUCUAGCCCCCCCCCCCAAUCGGGGGAAAUUUUAGCUUAUUGUCGGAGCAAAUUUGACAAAAUAACGUACGAAAACUGCAUAUAUUAGUCAUUUUAGCCUCCCUGUCGGAAAUUCCAGCCCCUCUGUCGGAAGAUUUCUGGCGCCACCUCUGCCUUGAACGUGUCGCAAACCAAUACUAUAUAUGUAACGAAAGCCUUAGUCAUGUAAUAAUCAUUAUAUUUUCUUAUGUCUAACUUUACUUGCAAUACUUUAAUGCAAUACUACAAUACUACAAACCAAUGUAAAGGUUUGGUUUUAAAAGUUUAGCCAUUGAGAUAGUUUACUUUACCUCUAGCUUCUUUUUAGCCAUAACUUGCUUAAUGUUAACAAUUAACUUCUUAUCGCCUAUUUACAUGUUUGCUUUGAAUUUUGAAUCUAUCGCCUCGUGAUUUUUGUGCAAAUUUUUCAAAAUAAAAAAAUAAUAAUGUCAAGCUCUUAUUAAAAUUUCCUAAGAAUAGGAUGUUUGUAUUGUUUCUAUUACCUGAAUUUUUUCACUUGCCA